AUGGAUUUUUUCACGUACCGCUUUCUGUACGGCGCCUCCGUGCUGUCGCGAGACAUUCAGCAGCGCUCAUGGGUUCGACGCAAGACUCUCAACUCGCCGGAGCAGUCUCGAUGGAAUGCAGCGGCUGCUCUGCUGCUGAAAGGUUCAUGCGGUGCAAGAAUAACGCCUAAGAUUGCGGCAAGAGCCGGUCCGUUUUUUCGCAACAUAUUGAGUGCAAACCCUGCGGCUGCACGCUCGGCGCAAGUCGCAUAUGUCACAGCGCUCGAAUACUUAUCGCAGCGCGGGUUCGGAUCCAUCGAGCGCAAGGACGCCUGCCCCACGACACUUCCGCAGUUGCUGAAGAAGCAUCAUGUCUUUCUGCCAGAAUCCUGCAAGCGGCACCUGGCCGAUACAGGCAUACACCUUCUAACCUUCGGUCUGCACCUGCCCGAAGAAUCGGCGCAACCAGGGGGCAUCUGCCCAGGGCCGGUGGAAGAGACGGAGAUCGGAGCAACCGCAACAAGUCGCGGCUACUCUCCCAGUUCAAGAGAUGUUCUUCCUCAGGACACGGAAGCAGAAUCCAUACGCCAAGAAGAUGACGAAGAAGAGGAAGAAGAGGACUGGACAGUGCUCGUCAACAAGCCUGCGCCAGGAAUGCCAAAUACUUAUGCAGCGCUUCGAAAAUGGAUGGAGCGUGCGCUGGGACAGGCCAAAGACACCGGCAUUUACGACUACAAAGAGAAAAGGGCAGGAGCCUUGCGCAGAGUCAUGACUGCAGCAUGCAAAGCAGGGGCCUGCGAGGCCUGCAGCAAGAGAAUCAAGGCCGUCUUGACAGUGUCGUGGGAUGGUGGCACACAAGUUUGGCUUGGUGCAAAAGGCAAGCACGGAACUUUGCACCAACCAGACGGAGGGCUUCUAUGGAGUGUGGGAGAGAUGUAUGCCAUUAUGCAGCAUGCCACACAGAAUCCCAACCUCGGGGCCAAAGAUGUACGUAAAGCUUUGCAGGAUGCAGGGUUUGCCGUCAGGUGCACUUCGGAGCAACUCGUUCAGUGGGCAGCCCAAGGUCGCGUUUGCGCUAUGUGGACUUGUGCAGGCAUGGUGCAGCGUGGCCGUGGUGCAUGCAACAAGGUAGUAAAGCUUGUCGUUGAUGGCAAACAGCAGAUCGUGUCCAACGAUUACACCAUCCUCACGUUGUCUUUUCUCGUGCCGAGUGAGACCGUGAGCAAGACGUGGGUGGGCAAAAGUCACACGGCGUCCGCCGAGCUUCACAUUGCAACGCAGCAGCCCUUUGUGCAGGCUCUCCUGAACACUGAGGCCGAAGGAAAUGUACUGGAUGUCUUCAAUGCAGCUUGUGAGCUCGGGCAACGCUACUGUGAGUUGGACCUACGCAGCCAAGUGCUGCAAGUUCACAAAGAUUUCGCCAAAGGGAUUGAAAAUGCCCGGCGACGAGCUUUUCCAGCCUCGCGUCCCUGCGACGACUACGCCCACAUGCGGCGAGCUUCCUACAACAAGUUGAAGCAGCUGCUUGGAGUCAAGCCCAAAUUGCCCGGAGCCCAGUCGGAAAGGAAAGAUGACGGAGAUGAGACGCGGGAGUUGAAUUCAAAAGCUGCGGCAAAUUUCAGACACUUGGACAAAAUUGUUCAGCUUUCGCGCCAUCUGCCAACGUUGCAAUUCUUCGAUGCCGUCUGGCACCUGGCGUUGCAGUGGCUGGAGUCAUGCAGCAAGCAAACCUUCAAGUACUGGACUGACACGUACUUUGACAAGAUCCCGGCGACAGCUUUAUAG